AUGGAUUUAGAUACUAUUGAUGUUGAAGUAGACAAGGAUUUGAAGAAGCAAACCAAGAGGUGCAAUGAUGCAUUCUUGAACAGCUUAUGUCCCGACAUAGCUGGUGAAGAAGGUGAUGACUUUACAAUCCCUGAAAUAAAACAUAUCGACGACGAGGUUGACUUAAAUGAAGAUGAUGUGGUGGAGAAUGAAGAUCAUUUUGACUCAAUGCGAGAAGGAAAUGGGUCUGAUGAAGUAUAUGGGUAUGAUGAAGAAGUAUCAAGUGAAAGUGACCAUGAUUCUAAGCUUGAGUUUGAGUACAACACCCACGAUCCAAAGGUUAAAUGGAACAAGAUGAGACCACUUUUGGGAGAAAGGUUUGAAUCACCUCAUCAACUGAAGUUAUUUUAA